AUGUCUCGAGCCCUUGGAUUAUUUCCUGCUGUCGCUCGAGCUGGUACAGCUCCUUACUUGCCGGCUGUACUCCAGGCACACACCAGUUCCAUGCACUCUGCCGCCAGUGCUAGGACAGUUUCUGCCCGUCGCCUCCAUUACCUCUGGUUCUGUGUGGCUAUGAGGUGGGAUGACAACUUGACUCUCGAAGGCACGGAUCCCAAGAUGCUUGAGAGAGCCCAGCUCCAGUUUGCAAUGUAUGCUGUCCAUUUGAGCGCUGGGCACUCCAUACAUUGCAAGGCCAUCAAGGCUGGGACUAUUUCCCAAUAUAUUCUGGCUGCAGCUACCCUCAUCCAGAGUUUUACUGAAGUUGACUACAGAAAGGACAAGGAGGGCGAACGCUCUAAUGGCCGGUUUCUUACAAGCGUGAUGAAGGACAUCCGCAAAUAUGAAACUAUGGCCGACCGACGAGAGCCGUACGACCAUAAAAUGCAUAUGCUUGCACGACAGGUUGCUGCAAAGUUUCCUAUUACAAGCCAGAUCUGUGCUCUUACCGAUGGGUUUGAGCAGGGAAUGUGUGGCGGUUUCCGACUUACCGAAUGGGCCCAGCCGUCAGGAAAGACGAAUGUUGCCCGUCCACACUCCAAUGGCCGACCCUUGCCCUCCUGUCAGACUUGUGCUGUUGUGCCCAAUGACUACCGAGCUGUUACCGCUUCCGGUGGUAGGGUGGUUGGUUUGGCAAUCUUGUCCACUCCCUGCAAUGAGGUACUGCGAAUCUUCGUCAAGCUCCGUACCCAAAAGAAUGGCAACAACGGUGAAGAGCGACAGUUCGAGCGUAAUCCCACUCCUGGGGGUUUGUGCUUUGUUACUUCUACGUACCGUGCAUUGACCAGAUUCGCCCAGAUCCAGUUGUUGUGCCCAGCUAUUUCUGCUGCUCAUACACCACUGGCCAUCUACUGGGACCCUCGUGUUAAACGUGCAAAGCUGGUAGAUGCCCAUGCCAUCGAACGCUUUAUGCGUAGACUGGCUUCAGCUGUCUACAAUUUGGAUCCCGUUGUGGAUGCAGAUGAUCUAGCGCUUUGGAGCUCCACUCCAUUCGCAUCGGUGCUUACGUAA